AUGAACCGAGAGGAUGUGACUUGCUACAGGUGCAACAAAAAGGGGUAUUAUGCCAGCCACUGUUCUGAUAGUUUUAAGACGUGUUGGAACUGUAAUAAGCCAGGCCACACUGCUGCAGAGUGCAAGAUUCCUAAAGUUGAGGUUGCUGCGAAUGUUGCUGGGGCAAGGAGGCCUACAGCUGGUGGAAGGGUCUACUCGAUUACUAGAACUGAAGCUCAUGAAGACGAUGGUUUGAUCUGCAUUACCUGCGAGAUUACGGGUAAUUCCCUUAUCGCGCUAUUUGAUUCUGGUGCUACACAUUAUUUUAUAGACUUAGCUUGUGCAAUGAGGUUAAGGCUAAAGGUGUCAAAGUUACUGUUUGACUUGAUAGUAUCUAUCCCUACUUCUAAGAGUCUAGUGGCCAACACUGCAUGUUUGGAAUGUCCUUGGAUGUACUUAGAUAAGAAGUUUGUAGAAAACUUGAUCUGUUUACCUUUCAAGGGUUUGGAUGUGAUCAUAGGCAUGGAUUGA